UCUGAGGGAAGGAACAAAAAAACGCAGUUCUGAAGUGGAAGGAAGCAAGGUGAAGUGAUGGGAGGAAAGCGGGGAGGAAAGAGGACAGAAAAGUAUGCUUAAGCAAAAGAAAAAAGGAAGGAAGGGACAAAGAAAAAUACAGGAAUGAAGUACGAAUGAAAGAAAAAAGGACAUGAUGAAUGAUUGGAGGCAAGAUAAAAAAGCAAAACUGAGGGUAGGAAGGAAGAUAAAACCUUGGACACAUAGUUAAAAAAAAAUGCCUUCGUGUUAUGUCACUCAGCUCUAUUUUAACACGCUAUCAGCUGCCUGCAAAAGAAAAAAAUGACUGACAGGAGGCUUCUCACGCGCCGCGUUGCAUGCCUGAACACCGGAAGUGCGUCAUCGUGGUCACAUGACUGCUCCCGAGAACCGGAGGAAGAGGGAGAGGAGAGGCUAGUAGCAAGCAAGCGAAGAAGUGCUUGAACCGGCCGGCGUCACUCUGACAAAUCACCCCAGCGAAUUCCAUCCAUCCGGACCCAACUCGCCCCACAAUGAAGAUUUGGACCUCGGAACACAUAUUCAAUCACCCAUGGGAGACGGUGACCAAGGCCGCGAUGCAAAAGUAUCCCAAUCCAAUGAAUCCCAGCGUGUUCGGGGUAGACGUUUUGGACCGGACUGUGGACCAACAGGGCCGCCUACACAGCAAAAGGCUUCUCAGCACUGAGUGGGGUCUUCCCUCUAUUGUAAAGUCCAUCAUUGGCAACACGCGGACGUGCACAUACAUUCAAGAGCACUCAGUUGUGGAUCCACACGAGAAGCGUUUGGAACUUCAGUCUACAAAUAUCACGUUCACUAACUUGGUGUCUGUGGAUGAGAAGUUAACGUAUAAACCCCACCCUGAGGAUUCUAAAAAAACAAUCCUGACACAAGAAGCUAUCAUCUCUGUAAAAGGAGUAAGUCUCAGCAGCUACCUGGAGGGCGUUCUCGCAAGCACCAUCUCGACCAAUGCGGGGAAGGGCCGUGAAGCCGUGGAGUGGGUGAUCCGACGGCUCAACACUGAAAUCGAGGAGCUGGCGGCGACGGCGCGCGGGGCGAUACGCACCCCCAUGGCCGCCGCCACCGUCACUGACAAAUGACCUCUGCUUUCUAUUUUUACAACAUAGCGCCCCCCCCCCCCCCCCCCAUACUCUUGACACCGCCUGCUGCCUCUUCUGUGUUGUGUACGCAAUACGACGGUGUACCUGCAUAGAAGCAGCAAGCUUCGGUGCAGUGUCAGGGACCGGUCGUGGGCACUCAGGAAAAUGUGGACAUUGUGGGGGGGUGAAGGUGCCAAAUGUCUCUCAGGCUGGAUUUACACUGCAUGGUUCCAGUGACAAGAUUUAUUUAUUUUUUGCUCUCAAGUGGUACAAUUGUGAUACAUGCCAAGGCAGCGUAAAAAGAAAAUAAAUCACAGGGAAUUAGAAAGCUUCAUAUUAGAAUCAGGGCACUUCCAAAGGUGCCAGUGUGAGUGAGGAGUAAACAGACAGAUGGGAUAUACCACAUCAAUGCCAAUUUGUCGUCAUUGUAAUCCAUCAAUGGGUGAAGGAAAAUACAUCCAAAUCAUAGAUGGUUAACAUGGUCUAAAUAUGCUACAUUUCAGGUGUGCUCAUCAUUAAAUAAGAAAAAUAAUUGCGUACAGUGGCCAUUCAAAUUAAGGGGGGUCAGCAUAGGCUCCCUAAAUGCCUUGUCUGGUUCUGUGUUGUCGCUGCCAGCUGAUGACAUUAGUGGAGUUAUUUCAGUGCAAUUGCGGGCAGGUUCCAUGUGUGAACACAGCCAUAUUGGAUGUGUCACCUGAAACGAACGUGAAAAUGGAAAAGAAAAAAAUCUGAUAUAAAAUCAGAAUUGGGCGGUUGGACCAGGAGUGUCAAUCCAGCCUCAGAAAAGCACCAUAGUUAAUAACAGUGUUGUUAACCUGGCACAUGUUGAGCAAAUGUGCCAAUCGUGGCAUGAAAAACUGUUGAGCGCACAGAGCAAUGCACUGUCAUGACAUUGCAAAAAGAUCCAUACAAGGAAAUGGUAGUGGAAGUAGUUUCCUUUAUGGGAAUGGUUGUAUACAUUGAAGUGGUUUUCCGUAUCGGAGGAUACAGUAAAUGGCACAAAUAUUUUUAUUUUUUUUUCCCGGGUGCUGGAGUUGCUGCUUCAACCCUCUUCUGCGACCUCUUUGGUAACAUUCUGUACUGGGCACCAGUAUAUAACCUUGUAAAUUAUUAGGUGUUAUUUAAUAGUCAAGUAUUUAAGUUGUAUGAAGGGAUCAAGUUACCUUGCGGCGAUUGCAUUUUGAUGAUGUGUAAAAUGGUUGGUAGUUCCUUUGCUCCCAUGAAUAAGAAAGCUGCUGCUUAGGCUGCAGUCGUUCUCCAUUUGCACUUCCAAUUAAGCUGGUGCAUAUUGCAUACGGAUGGAGCUCAACAUUUACUUAGGUUUUCAUAUUGUGACAAUUGAACAGUGUUUUUUUUUGUGUUAGUAUUUUUUUAAUGUAGCACAUUUAUAUGAAAUAAGACUUUUAAAUGGACCGAGUUGGGGAUUGUAAUUUGUGCCUCUGUAAAACGGUCAUGCCAAGUCUGGAGAAUGUCCUCAUAUAUUAAAAGCAUUUU